UGUGGACUGAAUAGGAUGGUGAGGUUGUUGUUGGAUGCUUGUCAAUAGAGGGAUUGGAUUUCAAGUGGGUGGAACUUAUGUCUGGACCCCUUCAUAUCAUUUACUUUUUAAUCAUAACACACAAGACUGCUGGCUAGGCAACUUCUAAUGUGUUCUCCAAGUUUCAUUGGAAUACGAGAGCUUUUAUAAACAGCUUGGCUGGACAUGAUUGGGCAAGAAGCCAGACCCCAAGGUUUUCAGUGCUACUGUACAACCAUGGUACAACCUUGAUACAAAACCUGAAUUCAUGCUAGAUCUAUAAUAACCUUGAAAGUAUAAUCAACAUCAGCAAGCAAUAGCCUGGUUCACACAUUUAAGCAUUGCUAACCACCUGGUCACAGAGUAACCGAUUGCAGUGCAUGGGAGAAUACCUGGUCGACUAGCUCUGAUCAUCUCUGAUCCAAGCGAGAACACUGUUGCAUCAUGGGUAACUUACAGUGCGUUCAUCCUGAGGGGGAUAUGAAAUACCCUCCUAACAUGUUCAAGGUGAAGAAUGUGGAUGACGACGGCGAGACCGUCAGUAAAGGACUUCUAGAGGUUGGCAAGACAGAACUUACCCUACAUCAACGUGGCAAGGACAUGAUAAGCUGGCCUUUGCGUAGUUUACGGCGAUACGGUUUCGAUUCUGAUUUAUUCUCCUUUGAAAGUGGCAGACGAUGUCCCACUGGCCAAGGUAUCUAUGCAUUUAAAUGUAAGAAGGCUCAGAUGCUUUUUAAUGAACUACAAGCCAACAUCCAGUGUUGUGGAGACAACCCAAACAACCACCAACCGGCACAGUUCAUGUUAAUAGGCUCGAACCAACCGCUAAUGGGCAACUCACAAAACUCGCCAUUUAUGAACGGUUUUGAAUCCAACGUGCCUCGACCACCCCCUUCUCCAUCUGUAACAUACAUAAAUGCUCAACCUUUCACAUUAAUGGGAAAUUCAACCUCAGACCUCCAGGCAUCUGGACAAACGUCAGGAAUGGAUACCUUCAGAAGACAAAUGACCUCUCAUGCAGAUGGUGGCAGUUACGCGGCUUUGAAAGAGAAUACGGCCAAUGAUAACACAGAAUCCGCCAUGUUAAAUUAUGCUCAUUUACGAUUGUCCGAAGAUGAAGAAGGAGCCAUUGCCUCGGGUCAUAGCCUGGGGAACCAAGCAAUGGCAGAAUGCAAUGAAAGGGGAACGUUAUACAAUACUUGUUCAUGCGAUGUGACUGACUCGGGUGUAAUUUGUCAGAAGAGCGAGACUGCAUCUCGAAGCUCUAACAAUUCAAUUACGGAUGAUUUGGAUAUAAGGACUAGAGAUGAGAAUGGAAAUAAAUCAAAAUUUAAAGUAAAGAAGACAUCGCCAAAACCAAAGAUGCGGAAGUUCUCUGAUGUUGUUAAUGGUAACGUACAUUUAAAUGGUAACCAUCACAUGGCGCCAACACCUGGUCCAUUUACACCAGUGGUUGCUUCACCUGUGCCAGGAGUUUAUGUUAAUCUUGACACAAUCGGAGAACUCCCAAGUCGUAGUGCAUUUGCGUUUGCAGAUUUACCAACUCCAAGGAGUGCAGCAAGUCGUGGAAGUAACGGUUCUGAGUUUGUUUUUGAUGCUCUGCAUACUUGUAGCAGUCGUUCACCUGGUGGACCUAAUUAUGCAAAUUUGGACGGCUUAGAGCCAACAAAACGAUCAUGCAUCAUACCAGACAGCCUGAAACUUCAAGCGCCACCAAAGAAAAAAAUUAACUACAUCGAACUUGAUUUGGAUUCGUUGGAAGCAACUCGCAACGAGCGCGCAAAUGCACGUUCGAGCACAAGCUCCUCUCCAAAGACACCGCAGACUCCAAACCUCGAUCCACGCGGGCCAUAUGCAAUGAUCGACAUUGACCGAACAAUUGCACUUUCGAACACGCAGAGGCAAGUAGAAGAUGAUUCUAAUCGCAGAACGCGGCAUGAUCGUGGUGUUCUCCCAAAGCUUACAUAACAGCAAUUUCAACGUUGCUUCGAUUUUGUCAUUUUUUUUAUUGCAUCAUCCAUCAAAGUUUGGAGCAAGUGAAACCUUAAAAAGUUAGACACUUUAAAUUCCAAGAUCCUUUACAGAAUGGGUCAAAAAAUGGUAUUUUAAACAGAAAAAAAUUCUGUUCAUAAUAUACUUUGCUUUUAAUGUUGAUUUUAAUUGGAAACAACAUUGGGCCACAAAGUUUGUGUUUGUCUCUUAUUUUAUGUGAGAAAACAAUAAUAAACCCAAGUUGGUGUUAUUUUACAAAUUUUAAAGACUUUCAAAAAAUGAUUUUGUUGUAAUCUCUAUAAUUUUGAGUUCUGCAGAGACGCAUUCUUUCGAUGUAUAUUAUACUACUUAAUUUUUUAUUUUUUUUUAAGUUAACUCCAGUAUUAACUCAAUGAUGAUGUAUGUAUUCAGAAAAUGGGUUAGCAAUGGGUCACUGACCUCUGCUUUAAUAUUAGGACUUGGUACCUACACAUUUAUUGUAUAUUUUAAUUAGUUCUGGACUAUCUUUAGUUGCAAUACAAAAUUAAUAUAAAUAGGGAUAUCUAUUCACUGUAUAGUAUUGUUGUCUAGGUUCUGGACAUUAUCUCUUUUGCAUUUGAACCUGGUCAUUGAGUAGUAGACUUGUUGGUCAUGUAAUGUGUAUAGAUAAACUUGUAUUGCAAAACUACAAACAUAUUAAUUAUUGAGCAUGUUGGUUCUUUUCCUUAUUCAAUAUUUUUUUUGUUUCUGAAAUUUUUGUGUAUAAUUUCUAAAAAAAAUUUUAAAUAAUAGUUUGGUCUCAAAUUUUAAAAAGUUUCAUAUCUGUAAAAUUAAUAUCAUUUGUUGUGUAUAUCAGUAGGUUUAUACAUACAUUGAUAUCAAUUAAAAAAAUAUAUACAGUCUAAAUUUAAAUGAUUGUAGUUAACAUUUUGAUGUUGUUUGUGUACCACAGUUUGAAAAUAAGUGUGGAAUUUUAAUUAAUUUUGAUAAAACAUAAACAAAAAAAUGAAUUAAACUCUUAUUUUAAUUGAUUGCAAUAGAAAGCAGCAAAAACAUCAAACGGUGGAAUUUCCGAAAAACAUUUUAAAAAUUAAAGGAUGUAUAUAUUCAUUUGAUGUCAUUUUUUCCCUUUUUUUAUUAAAAUUCAAAUUAUAAGUUAUUUUGAUGUUGAAGUUAUUAUAAAUAUUGUUUAUUCCCACCCCGUAUUGUAGAAAGAUUUUGAUGUUUUUUUGUUGUUUUUAAGUGUAAUGAGAGUUACUAUGUGAGUUAUUCUAUUCAACAAUAUCAUAAUAUUGAGUAUUGCAGGCUAUGUUGUGCCUUUUAUUCUGUUUUUUUUUUUAACAGCAAAUGUAAUGAAGAAAUUACAGUAAAGUAAUUAGAAUUGCUAAUUCAUUUCAAAAAUGAUUUAUUUUUCAUUAAUCUUGCCUUGAUAGACAAAUGAAAUGUCUUUUUUAAUGCCAUAGGCUUUUAUAAACUCAAAUUUAAUUGGAUGAUUUUAUUAAUCACAUUUGAUGUCAGAUUGAUGUACAAAUAGUUUUGUGAACAUUAUAGAAAUGAAGGGUUGAAAUAUGUAUAAAUGAAACAGCCACAAAACACAGAGGAGAGUUCAGUAGGCAUUGGAUGAAGGAAAUAGAAGAUAUAUGAAGCAGGUCUGAAGGGAGAGAUGGUGAAGAAAGUUACAUAAUAAUAGAUGGAAAGGUUAACAUACCAUCAUGGUUGUUGGUUAAAUUAAUAAACAAACUUGUACAAAAAUGGGUAGAUACAUUGGAGGGGGUGGGGAUGAAUAAUAGAUACAACCAUUAAAGAGGGAAGAGUAAGUGAUGGAUAUGGAUGGAAUUAUUGGAGAUGGGGAGGUGAAUAAUGGGUAGGUGGGGCGGAGGAUAGUGUUAUUUUAGUGGAAUUUAAAAAAAGAAAUAGAAUAUACCUCCUAAUCAGUCAUAUCAUUUUAUAUAUCAGGGUUGUUUCACUAUGUUUUAUCAUACAUAUUCAAUAUUUAUUCUCAAAGGUAUGCGUAUUCAUUGUAAACUUAUGCAUAUGCAUGUGUAUUCGAGCGAUUGUGUAUUUAGUGGAUUUUGAAGAAGCAUCAAUCCAGGUUAUUAUCAGGACAGAUGUAUAACUACAUAUAGUUACAGAAAAAACAUGGUUACAAUUGAAAAUUGGUUUAAUUUAUUUAAUUGAUGCUAGUCUGAAGCAUGCACACUCCUCAUUUGCAAUGUUUUACUAGAAUUUUCAGGAAAACUUGAAAGAUUAAAAAGACAAUACUGAAAAUAAAGAUUGUUUACUAUUGAAAUAUAGCUCUACGAAGCUAUAGUAGAAUUUUAUUUUUCCCCAGGAAAAUAUUCUAUGUUGCAUCGGAUGUAUUAUUGAAACAGAAAAGCAAGUUAAUGAGUUAGAUUAACAUAUGAUCUGCUUGAAGAAUAUAAUUGCUUCCAGGAACGGUAAUCAAGCCCACAUAUUAAGUAUUGUAUAUCAGUACUUAAUAUUGCCUGCUUUGCAGAUUGAAUUAGAUGUUAGUAUGUAGAAAUAUACAUGACUUUUAAUUUGCAUGGUUUAAUUUUAAGUGAAGGUAUUCUCAUAUUUAAUCCCACCGAUUUCGUUUUAUACUGCUACCCAUCAGUUCUUUGUGUAUUCAUGUUAAUAAUUUCCAGAUUUAUUUUUUGUUUGUAUUGACCAUUAUUUGUAUAUUAAUUUGAUAAGACUACAAUACUCAGCAGAGCAAAAUACUGGGAGAUGUCAAUUACAUAAGAUGCAUGCAUAUACUAGAAACAUAACGAUAGACUGCACUUUAUUAAUUUUGUUAUGUUGUAUGGCUCUCAAAUUAAUGUAAUGGUUGCCACAAGGCAUCAGGGGUCCCAAUUUUCCUGGAACUCACAGGAGUUUUCAACACUGUCUCCUGAGCAGUGUUGUCCCUUAUUGGAGAAGUUGUUGAAUGAGUUCAUCCAAACUUGUGAGCAAAUGAGCCCAGUAAAGCUGCAAGUUCCAGGUUAUUCCCACCCACAACUUUAUAUUGUCACCCACCAUCUCUGAAAACUGAAAGAAGUGGACACAAGUUGCCAUCAUGUACAAAUUGUUCUUCAAGAAAUUUCUAUUCAUCAUCCCAUAUACAUCCUGCUCUUAAAUACUCUACCUUAUUCUAUAGCCUCCUUCCUCAACCUAAACUCUGUUAAUACUCUUUUGAUAUUAAAACCCUUGUCCUUUUAUGGUUUUUACCUUCACUUUAAUCUCUCUGUAUUAAACUCUUCAAAUCUGGAUAGAGAUCUUUAAUGGUCAGUACCCUUCAGAACCAACAACAUUACACCCUCUUUUCUAAAUGUUCCUCUUUCCUUUAUAGUUUUUUCUUCUGAAAUUUCUGUCUGAAAUUUACUCCUCUCCUAUCUUUUCACGCCACCUCCUGACCACUCCCUGCCUUCUUUACCAAAUAAACAUUCACUCAAACCAUUCUUUGCUUUAUUGUUGUAAAUAGAUAUCGUCUAUUUGUGAAUCAAUGUGUUGUUAUUUUAGGCUGAUAUGGGCGAAUGUUGGAUCAUGUAGCAAAUCAAAUCUUGAAUCAAAACAGACAUUUUGCCUGUAAAAAACUUUCUGUUCUUGAGUGGUGUUCAAAUCCCAGAAGCAUAUAAGAACUAGGUUUCUGCCUCCAACCCACAUUUCUGAGCAUAACUCAAAUGUGGGAGGCCGUAGGAAAUCUAAUCAUUCCCACAUAUUCAUUUACAUGUUAGCACCUUGUGAUCAAAAUGAGAGAUGUAAGCAUAUAUAGUAAAAUAUGUUAUGUGUUAAAGUUACUCGUGUUAAAAAUAAGUAGUUGCCAUUUUUGUUGUGAUUCAAUGUCAUAUAGAUGUAUUGAUUCAUAUUUUACUUCCUAAAAUUGAGAUGAAAAAUGGUCUUAUGAACUUGACAGGCUAAAAAAUAUUUUGUUCAUUAUCUUAAAUAUUUUUGUUGAAAAAAUGUGUGGGUGCAUUAUGACAUAUAGAGUAUUUAUGACAUGUACUGUAUGUUUUGAUGGGUACUAUUAGGUUUUAGGGAGCUUUUUGAUGUCAACGUUGCGAAUCCUUUGACGGAUUUAUUCUUCUGUGACCAUUUUACGUUCUUGGCAUUGUUUCGACCAAAACCAUGUUGUUUAUAAUUCAGACAAAUGCAAACUAGUGUUUCCAUGUUCAAAUACGUUAACUCUAAAUGAUGACAUGUCUUUGAUCAACGUUCCGCAAACUGUGGGUCACAAAGCCUUGACAGAAAUUACCUAGCUCAAUUCUGUCGCAUUGUAAUAAUUUGAAACAUGUUAUUUUGUAAAAUAAAAGCCAUCAAUCUGCAUACUUUGUUCCUUCGCAAUGAUACAACAAAGCACAAUGCAGCUACAAUCAUUUUUUUACAAUUUUCUAGUAAUAUUUACUUUUGUUUAAGCGUUGUUUACAAAUUUUAAUCUAAAUUUGAAGUCCCAGUCCCAUAAUGGUGCACUACGGCUAGCUGUCUGAAUUAGGCACGUGUGUAUGGAUAAGGGGUCAGUGGGUCGCGAAUCACGUCUGAAUUUCCGAACUGCAUUGUCAGUCUAAAGUUUACGGAACGCUGUCUUAGAUGCACUAAAAAGCUCCCUUUUUCCUAAAUCAGGUGUUUUAUGCUAUUCACUGGAAGGUACAUUAUUGUAAAGUGACGAGAAUUACCUUGUAUGUGUUUUACUUACAAGGUAUUUGAUUGGAUCAAAUUAGUUAAAAAUAACUAAAAGAAACGUAUAACAAGAGAUAUGAUUGGAUCAAAGUUUUUAAAGAAAUGACUAAAAGACUGCAAUAAGCUAUUAAGUCGCUUAAAUUUAUUUGAGUUUAUGUAGACAUAGUUGAUUAUGGUGAAGAAGAGAAGGGCACAUUUGAUAUUUAGGUCUAUGAAUUGAAUGAAAACCCACUGUUAUAGUUGUUGAGAGAGAAUAAAGUUAUUAAUUUUGGUAA